CGCUUCUACAGUCAUUGUCAGUAACCCUCUCAGAGGUCCACCGUUGUCGCUCAAAUCCCCGCUAUUCACCUCCAAUCUCUGAAGCGGGUCCCUUCUGUUUACCACCAUGACGGAAUCUCCGGGCUCCCCCCUCUCCUCCAUUGCUUCCGACGACAUGUCGGAUCGCGAGGACCUGAAGCAAGGCUUCUCCCCCUCAGGCUCCAACAUGCCUCCCUCAAAGCGUCGUCGCACUGGUGUCGCCUCCUGGGAUCGCAAUACCCCCGUCUCCACCACUUUCCAGGAUGACCUCCCUCCACCCUCUCCCUCAACCUCGAUCUCGUCCGAUACCUCCGGCGACAUUCCCAACUCCCCUACCACCCUCGCUCUCAUCGGCGGCAGCCAGGAUGACGACUACAGCGGCCAGGGCAACGACCAGGUCACCUUCUGUCGCUGGGAUGGUUGCGACGCGGGUGAUCUAGGUAACAUGGACGGCCUUGUGAAACACAUACAUGAAGAACAUGUCGGUAGCCGACAGAAGAAGUACUCCUGCGAAUGGUCCGAUUGUAGUCGAAAGGGCCAAACACAUGCCAGUGGUUACGCGCUGCGCGCACACAUGAGAAGUCAUACACGAGAAAAACCAUUCUAUUGCGCUCUUCCUGAAUGUGAUCGCAGUUUCACUCGAUCCGAUGCGCUCGCGAAACACAUGAGAACUGUUCACGAAACCGAGGCGCUUCGGCCAUCGGACCCCGUGCCUAAACAUCACAAUAUUGCUGCCUCGGCAGCGGGAACGCCGACCGCGACACCAGCUGGCAAGGUCCAACGACUUAAGCUGAAGCUAUCAUAUCCGCCUAAAGACGAUGCAGGAGAUCACAGCGAAAGCGCCAACGACGACCCCACGGGACCGGAAGAAGAUCUUCUCAUCGCGCCCGGUGGCUUGGAGAAGGAAUUCGACACCUAUGAAAUGCUGCUUGAAGGGCCACAAUUGUACCGGCUGCUACUUCGACAGAUCCAUUGGGCACAGCAGGAGGGUGCAGAGCUGCGUGAUGCGUGGGACAAGAUCCGCGUCAAACGGAAGGAGUCAUGGAUGGAAAAAGAAGCCAUCUUCGAUGAUUUGGUGGAGGCUGAGCUGCGACUAUUCAGGGCCAUUGUAGGCCCGGAUGGCGGAUACGGGGUUCCAAAUCCUGCACCUACCAGUGGAAAGGACAUCUCACACCAGCCAGAGCCACGGCAGUCAGAAGUAGACAUGGAUCUCGGACAGGAUGCUGAGUCUGGGUCUGUCCCACCAUGACGCGGUGGUCAUCAGUCACUUAAUCUCUUUGAGUUUCCUUCCGUCCCUUGUACUACCUUCUCCUUUUGACUUUUGCGCUUUUCCUUUUGGGCUGGUAAUGACUUUUGACACUUAAUCAAGCAAUGUCUCUCCUGCUGCAGACAUACCGUCUAACCUAUUCACUUGGCACACAAUUUUUUCCCUUUGCCCUCUGUCUCCUAUCUCAACUUCAUCUCCCUCAUCUUCCAAAGCUUUUGUUCCUCACAUCAUGGGCCAUGGAUCCGCUUCCGGUUAAUUCUCGUCUGCUUUCAUAUCCGCAAAAUAUCCUGGACUUUGUUACUACUAGUGUGUGUACCUUAUGAAAUGGGAUUGGCGCUACAUUGUUUCCUCUCUUCAACUGUCCAUAACAAUUACACGAAGGCUCUGCCUUCAAAAGUCUCACAGAUAUAGAAGUUGGGGAUAAAGUCUCGGAAAUAUGCAUUUC